AUGGCGUGUUUGGCCUUCGGCGCCAUCCCUGCCGUCGCGAUCCGGGCUGCGAGAGAUUUCUCCAUAUCCCGUGAGGAGGACUGCUGGGGCAAUUGGUCUGCGCCGGACACCUUGGACACCCUGAUGGCCAUCAUGACGAGAAGUAUGGAAGACCGGUGCCGAAGUGAGGUAAAAGGACUAUUGGAGGGCCUCUUUGGGGAAUGUACGAAGAUAGAAGGUGCUUCCGAGGAAGAAUGCCUCCAGGACCUCUUUGGGUGGUUUGUUGGGGACAAGAGGCUCGGGGCAUUAACUGCCAGACUAGCUUCUGCACCCAAAGAAGCGAUGCUAUGGGCGGGCUUUUACGAUGGCGAUCCGCGAGGACUCAACCAGACGGCCUUGGAGGCCUUUGCUGACAUGGUGGACGCGAGCAUCGUGCACCCCAGCACCGUUCUGGGCAGAGUGGUCCAGAAGAACAACGACCUCCUUGGGUGCAGAGACGAUCCAGGUGCUUCCACGCCUUGCUUCAAAGAAUGGCGCAUGUGGGACAAGGGUCCGGUUGUGAACUUCUGGACCGGCGCUAGCCAAGCCUUUGUGCAUGGAAUGGCUUUGCGGAAGCAGUCUUCGGUGGUGGCUGUCCUGAACAAAGGCCUGGAUCGAAUGGAAAAGUGGUCGCUCCACGACUCCGUUUUUUGGAAUUACGAGCUGCCGACGCUGGGAAAUGAAGUAGCCGCAACCGAGCCCACAGACUUUCCUCUACAACUUCUCCUGGUCGACAUGCGGGGUACAUGCGAGAAGCUGGCUAUGUGGGUCACGGAACGACUGGAAGAGCAAGACAUCGUUUCAGUUGGGAUUUGGUUAAGUAUCAAGCCGAUCAUCUGCAUCGAUUGCGCCGAAGGCCAAUGUCACCUGGAUGAGGCCCUGGCGGCAAGAGUCCGAUCGUGCUUGGGUGUGGACGGCUCUUUGUCAUCGCCUGUGUCACCCAGUUGUCCUAGGUUCGUGUACACUCUCGGAAUGAACCUAGCUCGCGAUCUUCCAUGGUUCCCAUCGCAGCGUUGA